CAAUUGUUUGCGCAAAUUUUGUCUGCGAUCAAAGGCUAUUUAAGCAGCUGAGUUUUCAACCUUUUAGUAGUGCAGACUCGCAGCUGACGGAAUAUCUGGCAUAAUUCUUAUCAAAUUAUUUACUAAUCAAGCGUAUGAAGUUGAUAUUUGGAACCGGCCAGUGAAAGAAAAAUGACACGCAAAAAUGUACUCAAUUUAAUAAAUACAAUCGUUGGAAGUUCUUUUAAUUAAAAUUAAAGUUGCAAAUGCCCGGCACAUUCGCAGAAUUAUGGUUCGGCUACCGCAGCUGCCACGAGACAGACUGGCAAAAUGGAAUACGCAUUUGAGAUGUCCGCUUCAACUGUGCGUUUUGGUCCCGGAGUUUCAGCUGAGCUGGGUGCUGAUAUACGUAACCUGGGUGCGAAAUCAGUUUGCGUGGUAACGGAUAAGAAUGUGGCAAGCUUAACGAGUGUACGUACGGCAUUUGAUUCCCUUAAUCGUAAUGGCAUAAGCUACGAUGUUUAUGAUGAAACACGCGUAGAGCCGACAGAUACAAGUUUCUGGCAUGCUGUGAACUAUGCACGAUCAAAGCAGUUCGAUGCGUUUGUGGCCAUUGGUGGUGGUUCUGUCAUAGAUACAUGCAAAGUAGCAAAUUUAUUUGCCUGCGAUAAGGAAGCUGAAUUUUUGGAUUAUGUCAAUAAACCAAUUGGAAAAGGCAAAGAGAUAACCGUUAAACUAAAACCAAUGUUUGCACUUCCAACAACAUCUGGCACAGGUUCGGAAACCACCGGCGUUGCUAUUUUUGACUACAAGAAAUUACAUGCCAAAACGGGUAUUUCAAGCAAAUACCUUAAACCAUUUUUGGGCAUAAUUGAUCCACUGCAUACAUUAACUCAACCAGAACGUGUAACAGCUUAUACUGGUUUUGAUGUGUUUUGUCAUGCACUUGAAAGUUUCACUGCUAUUGAUUAUCGUGAGCGUAGUUUAGCACCCACUGAUCCCAGUUUAAGACCACCCUACCAAGGACGGAAUCCUGUCUCUGAUGUUUGGGCCCGUUUUGCACUUGAUAUAAUUAAAAAAAAUUUCAUAAAUGCUAUUUAUCAACCAGACAACAUAGAAGCUCGUUUAAAGAUGCAUUUAGCGUCAACUAUGGCGGGUGUGGGAUUUGGUAAUGCUGGUGUACAUCUUUGUCAUGGUUUAUCGUAUCCAAUUUCUGGCUUGGUACGCCAAUUUCAACCAGUUGGUUAUGCUACAUCACAUGCUAUCAUACCACAUGGACUUUCAGUUGUGAUUAGUGCACCUGCAGUUUUUGAAUUUACUGCAAAAGCAUGUCCAGAAAGACACUUGGAAGCAGCUGAAAUAUUAGGUACUGACAUAAGAAACGCUCGAAAAAGUGAUGCAGGAUCUAUUUUAGCUGAUACCGUUCGAAAAUAUAUGCAAGAUGCCAAAAUAGAAAAUGGAUUAAAAUCACUGGGUUUCACAACUGACGAUAUACCAAGUUUAGUUGACGGUACUUUGCCACAGGAACGAAUUACAAAACUGGCGCCGCGGUCACAAAAUAGAGAAGAUUUGGGAAAACUUUUUGAAAAAUCCAUGGAAAUAUACUAAAAUAUUUAUUUAUUUUACAAAAU